UCAUACACAACUGCACAUCACAGAUUGUACCCGGCGACCACCAAGGAAACGUGAGAGGAUCUAAACACCAAGACCCUCAUCUCCUGCUGCAGAUGCUGUAAUACCAUUUGGAUGCUCUAAAAAAACAAAAGGCGGCUAAAAUACCAGAAAGGCUGAUCUUGUGUGUGUGUCUGUGUGCGACAUAAGUGGAGCAAAAGAGAUGAAAUCUUAGUGGACGUCAACGCCAGCGGAUCAAAAUUAGAUGGAGGGAGAGCAGGCCCGUCUGAUGGGAGCAAGAGGAGCAACAAGGACUGAAAAAGUAUGCUCGCGAGAGGAGAGGAAGAGGAGGAAGAAGUCUGGAGGGGUGGAGGAAGGCCCUUCUGGCCUGCAGAAGCACCGUGACUGCUCCUCAGCUUCCAGCAUCUCCCAUGACGACCGCAGCUCGGCCAGCGGCCUGGAUGUGGCCGAUCGGCUGACGUAUCUCGAGCAGAGGAUGCAGAUGCAAGAAGAUGAAAUCCAGCUUCUGAAGAUGGCUCUGGCUGACGUCCUGAAGAGACUCAACAUUUCUGAGGAGCACCAAGCAGCUGCUUCUGCUGCUGCUGGCAGGAGAGCACCGGGGGCCAAAGCCAGGCCAGUGUCUCUGGCUCUGCCCUCCAGAGCCCCCAUGGUGACCCCCAGCACAGCUUCUCUGAAGAAGAGCACCACGCUGCCCUCCAGCACCACAGCCAGGAACUACAGCCCAACACCACCCCGAAGCGGUGUGAAGAGCCCACCUGGUAGCGUGAAAGACAGUCCGUGUAAGACCGCUAGAACACGACCCGCCUCUGCAGCCUCGAGCAGCAAGAAAGUUCAGGACAGCGGCAAACCCAGAGAGGCUGCAGUGAAUGUAGGAACCAGGCGUGUGACACACUGCAAAGUGACUAUGCAGAUCUAUCUGAGCCCCCUCACAAGAAAGACUGGGUCUUCUGAAGCUGCCAAGUCCGCUUCUGCGGUGCCCGCCCACAGCGGGCCCGCGCCCGCUCCUAAUCGCCCUCAGGCGAAGGGGGGCGGCAAGCCAGAGGCGAGGAAAGCAACCCCAUCCUUCACCUUAAACCUCCAGAAGACCUCAAGCGGCCAGAGCGCACCGCAUGACACGUCGAGCUACAAGAGCCCCAUCAAAUCACCCAGCCAGUACUUUCAGAUUUGUUACUGACACGCAGGUGGACCACAGAGGACAAGAGCUGCACUCUUCUUCUUCACUUUUAAUGCACAAAUAGGGAAAAGUGUGGACAAUUUAUUUUUUCCAUCCCUGCUACUGAGCGUACUAAAACCCCAAAAACAAAUAUGUGAAAGCCUCAACGAACCACUUGAAACCUACAAAUACAGGUUUUGUGGCAAUCCAGCAAUUGGGACUUAUUUCUGAGGAUAGAGUGAAAGCUUUGAUGCAUUCGUAGCCACACCGCACAGCAUAGCAAUAGCUCAAUUUGUCGCACGCUGGUACCUGCACAGCGCUUCACCGAAGGCCUGUGUUCACUGCUAAUGUUUGUCUCUGUCACGCUGCGUGAGAAGUUGCCGAGUGCGUGGGCACCGAGUGUGCGAUGUAAGAGAGAGGCUGGGUUUUUUUUUUUGUUGUUGUUGUUGUUGUAACUCAAUGUGUGCCAGCGAGUCUGUUUGCUGUGAUGUUUUCGGUUUCGUAGCUGAUGUCCCACCUUAGAUCCCACCUUAGAUUAUUUACAGUGUGUACCCAGAAAGUCUCAUUUUAAAUCAGGAGAAACAAUAAAAACAAACACUGUGAAAACA